UUCUUUCCCACAUCCAUCCAUCUCCUCGCUGUCUCGCCCGACGGAGAGAGAGGGAGAGAGAGAGCUGCCUCCUCCCUUCCAGAUCGCCGCUGGCACCUCCCUCCAGCGGAGCUGGCCGCCGUCCAUGGCCUCCCGCACGCCCCUCCCCUUCCCCCACCCAACCAAACCGCACGUCCAUGGCCACAUCCCCGCUCGAUCUCGUCGGGAAUGAGGCCACCUGCAACCACCGGCCUCCAUCGAUCCAACCAUCCAUCCAUGCCCGCAGCAGCACUCCCGCCGCCCGUGCUCCUUCCCCAGCAGCGCACCCCGACGCCUCCUCGUCCCCACACAGCCCGCGAGGCACCGGCCUCCUCUACUUCGCGCCUCCCGAGCAGCGACCAGGAGCCCGAGCUCCAUCUUCUACGCCCGCGUCCGAGCGAGAGGAGCUCGCUGCUCGAGCAUGCACAAGACCCAUGGCGCCCUCCCGAGCUCCUCCCGUGCGUGCCUCCACUCGUUCUCGUCGCCCUCCGUCUUCAUCGCAGCACCACAGGACCAACAGCUCCACCGCGCGUGCCUGCCGGCGGCAAGAGUCCCAGCCAACGCCAUGGACGGAGUCUGUCCAGGAUCUCGCCGCUCGGACCCGCUUCCUCUGGCCACCGAAGCCUCUGACCAGCCUCGUCGCGUGGACCUCCUCCCCCCACCUGGCAAAUCCGGCCUCUCCUGCCCGUUGACCGCGCCGCCGGAGCCCUGCAUCGCCCCUCACUGCCGUGAUAUUCCCCUCCCUCAUGCAACUGGAGCACGGGAUGAGCGACUCCGACGACCGGAGGCAGAGGGCGGCGUGCUCGGAGAGGUACAGGAGGAGAGACGAGCCGGAGGACAGCAAGAGGCCCGUCUCCGAGAUCGACGCCGAGAUAGAGGAGGAGUGCAGGAUCUGCAUGGAGCUCAACAGCAGGGUCGUGCUGCACAACUGCAGCCACGACAUGUGCAUCAAGUGCUACCGUCAAUGGCGGCGGCGCUGGUGACGCUGCUGUUCGUGAUCGCGGUCAACCUGGCGAUCGGCAUCCUGCCGCACAUGAUGCGCCCGGCGCCAUGGAGUACCUCACGGGCAUGCUCGCCUCCCCCAGCAUCCCGAUCUCAACGAGCCUAGCGGCCGCCGUCCUUGUCCUGCUCGAGGAGCAGGAGGAGGAGGGGCGCAUCUAGCCAGCCACAAAGGGCCUGCUCUGUGCCACCACAUCAUCGGCCUUCUGCAGCAUCGAGUUCAAUAUGUCAGGUGACCCUUCCUAUCCCGUCUGAUAUGAUGGUCAAUAGUUGCUUGUAGAUGAAUGAUGAAGUGUUGCUGUGAAUGUGAAUGAGUAGCCACAAGUCUGUUUGCGUCAUUGCCAUAGCUAGUGAAUGAGCAGCCACAAGUCUAUUUGCGUCACUGCCAUAGUUACCUGACUACAAAUGAGCAGCCACAAGUCUGUCUGUACUGUCACAUUGCCAUCCAUAGCUGCCAAUCACUGUAGAUAAAUAGAAUUUCCCCAAAACUAUGUGGGAAAUUUGGUUAACCUUGUUGAAUCAGAUAUCAUUCUGACACCUGAUUAGCAUAUCACUUGUCUAUGUUCAGUUAAGAGUAUUCAGUUUAGAUGCAGAUGUAGUCAACACUAUGGAUCAGUAUUCAGUUUAGAUGCAGAUACAGUCAACACUAGGUAUCAAUAAAUGUUUGCAUAUGUUAUAUGCACGGUUUCUUAUUAGAUCUCAACUUCAGCAGCUAUUUUUCAUUGUUAGGAGAAUGUUAUAUGCACAACUUCACUUGAUUUCCUAACUUUUU